UAAUACAUAUUGAAUAUUGAAAUCUAUUGGAAAACACGUCAGUAUUUUAAUCAUACAAUACAUUGUAGUAUCGGUUUGUAUACUAAUAGUUAGUCAGUCAAUCAAUUGGUCAACCAAUCAAUUACAAUACCCGACGGCAACGGCAGUGGACAGCUGACUAACCAACCAAUCAAAACACAAACAAUGAAUACAUUACUUUCGCGGACGAACGCCAUCUUUGCCUUUACGUUGUCAGUAUUGGCUUCGUUGACCAUCAUCUGUGCCCUAUCGACAACAUUCAAACACUACAACCAAUUGGUCGACAUCGACAUCUCAACGGUCAAGAAAUUGGUCAAAAAUGUUGCCGACUAUUCUGCCGGUCGCGAACGCAACGAUCUCGGGUUUAUAUCGUUCAAUUUGGACGCCGAUUUCGGGCCGGCAUUCGACUGGAAUACCAAACAGUUGUUCCUGUAUUUGACCGCACACUACAAGACGGGUAACAAUGUCCUGAAUCAGGUGGUACUAUGGGAUCAUAUCAUUCAAAGAGGCGAACCAACCAAAGUACAGCUGAAGAAUCAGCACACAAAGUACUACUUCUGGGACGAUGGCAACGGUCUGAAAGGCAACAACAAUGUAACCCUAACGCUGUCGAUGAAUGUCAUACCAAAUUCGGGUCUAUUGCCGAUAUCGACCAUUCCUUAUAGUCAUACGUUUUCAUUUCCCAACGAAUACAUUACUAAAAUGGCUUAAACACCGACCGAUUGAUUGACCAGACAGACAGUCGACAAACAUUGUCUAAUAAGUCAGUCAUUUGUAUUGUUGUUUAUAAGUCAGAAGUGGUAAUCGUUUUUCUGUUGUUGUUAUCUCUUAUAUAUCUCUCUUUCUUUCUCUUAUACUUCGCAUGUCUUUAGAUAAGAUAUUAUUAUUAAAAAAAAAGUCUUCAGUUUUAUAUUUAACAUAACAUUUUUGAUGCAAUUUUUUUUUUGUUAACCA